AUGGGUAGAGACACUAUUGCUGAGAUAAUAACCUCUAUACGAAAUGCUGAUAUGGAUAGAAAAAGAGUUGUUCGCAUAGCAUCUACUAAUAUUACCGAAAAUAUUGUUAAAAUACUUUUCCGAGAAGGUUUUAUCGAAAACGUCAGAAAACAUCGAGAAAAAAACAAAAAUUUUUUGGUUUUAACCCUGCGACAUAGCAGGAAUAGGAAAAGACCCUAUAGAAAUUUUUUAAAUUUAAAACGGAUCAGCCGACCCGGUCUACGAAUCUAUUCUAACUCUCAACGAAUUCCUAGAAUUUUAGGUGGAAUGGGUAUUGUAAUUCUUUCCACUUCUCGGGGUAUAAUGACAGAUCGGGAAGCUCGACUAGAAGGAAUCGGCGGAGAAAUUUUAUGUUAUAUAUGGUAA